AUGAAGAUAUCGGUUUGUGUCAGUUUGCUUCUACUCUGUUGCAUCAGCCAUAUAAAAGCAGUCACUGUUGAGUCAUGUCCCAUGGCAGCUGGGAGCUUCGUUCAGACACAGGUUGAGGAAACGGUCACUCUGACUUGUGUGACUGAUGGCAGUAUGGACUCAUCAAACCAACAUGAACUGCAGUGGUUACGCAAUGGUGACCUGGUGGACCUGAAAGAAGAAAAUCGUCUGUACAGGAGUAGUCUGUGUGUACAGCCUGUCACCAGAGAGGACAAUGGAGCCAUCUUUACCUGUCAGCUUAAGAGUGAUGCAAGCGUGAACAACUCCAUCGAACUUGAUGUCCAGUUUCCCCCAGAUCUUAAUGACACAGAAGAGGUGUUUGUUGAGGAAACAAGCAAUGUUGUUCUGUCCUGCAAUGUACUUGCCAACCCUCCAGUAACUGUGGCUUGGAAAAGGGAUGAUGAACUUCUAGAUCUGACCACUGGUAGUUAUAAAACCACCAAUAAUGGCAUAACCGCUGAGUUGACAGUCCCUAAAAUUAAGCGUGAGGUACAUCAAGGGAUGUACACCUGUGAGACAACUUCAGCUGUCUACAAAAAAAGGAGCAAGACAUUUAAAGUUACGGUUGAAGAUAAAGUUCUGAAGUUCCCACUCGGACCCACAAUUGCUGGAGUGGUGGUGGUUGUCUGCACAGUAAUAAUAGCAAUCAUCUCUAGAAGGGAUACAAUUAAAAAGGUUCAUUCUUAA